AUGGUUGGUUACAUAGAAUCUAAACUUGUCCCAAAAACUGUUGUAGCUUCCCGAUGGAGCAGUGGUGGUGUAAAGGAAUCUGAUGAAGCAUUUGACGCAAGAUGGGAGGCAUAUUUUAACAGAGCUGAAAUUGAUGGAUGGGAGUUGCGUCGAGGUAUGAAUGAGUUGUAUGGUCACGAUCUGGUUCCUGAACCGAAAAUUAUUAUUUCAGCGUUAAAUGCUUGUAGAAGGAUUGUCGUUGAGGAACGAGUUUCAAAUGUUCUUACGCUAAAAAUUAAUUCUGGGGUAAUCAAUAGACUUAAUGAUUUUCCCAUGACUGUUCGUAUCUUUGAAAUGGUUAAAGACAAAUCAUGUGGCGAUAAAGAAAUCUAUAAUUAUAUCUUGCAACAAUGUAAAGGAACUAUGGACGAGUUGGGUCUUAACUCGCCUGAAGAAUUAGGACUGGCCUAA